AUGAAAGAAGAGCCUGUGGCACUCAGGGAGGGAAUGUGUGGUUUUUGCGCCAGCGCCGAGCCCGUCAGAAUCGCGGAAGUGACCCUCCGUCGACCCCCCUCGGCUAGCGAGGAGGUCUUACAGCCAAUUCUAGCGGGGAGAAAGCUCCUCUGGGGUUUCAAAAGGGUGUCUCUUCGGCUUAAUUCCAAAUUAAUGGGCCCGGAUAAAUCGCUGCGAGGCGCUGUCGCCCUGGACGAGGACGGAGGCGACCCUCCGGAGAGAACGAACGACUCCUCGUACGGCUCUCAGCAGAAGUGCGGCUCUACAAGGGAGUGCUGCGGCUUCUUCACACGCGGUAUUUCACCAGGCCAUGAGUUUGCCGACCUUAUUUCUUCUAUAUUUGUUAGGACGACGAGAAGAGCAACAGGUCGAGCGGAGACUCCACGUAUAGUGCCUGCCUGCAGAGACGACCACCCCUGGGGAGGCUCCCUGUACGGACGACACCUAAGGGGCCUCCGUAAAGUCGAGGGUUGGCAGCAAACGGAGGCGUUCGCUGCUCUCCCGAGACUCCCGAUGGACGGCAUACACCCCCCCCACCAGCGAACGCAGCAGCAGCUGCAGCAGGCGCAACAACAACAACUGCAGCAGCAGCUGCAACGCCAGCAGCUGCAACACCAGCAGCUGCAACAACAACAACUGCAGCAGCAGCACUGGCAGGCACAGCACCAGCCCCAGCAACAGGAGGCUUCAGCAGCCACACGCAGCCUUCAGCAGCAACAACAGCUGCAGCAGCAGCAGCAACAACAAUUGCAACGCGCUCAACAACUGCCUUGGGAAGGCCAAGAGUAUCAGCCCAACCCCCCCGCCUGUGCAGCAAUUGCAGCAGCUGCAGCAGCAGCACUUCCCCCCUGGCCUCCUACUCCGGAAGAGGGAGACUUCACAGCUGCACCCAGAGCAUCAACACACCAGCAGCAACAACAACAGCAGCACCAGCAGCACCAGCAGCACCAGCAGCACCAGCAGCAACAACAACAGCAGCAACAACAGCAGCGACAGCAGCACCAGCAGCAGCAACAGCAGCAACAACAGCAACAACUGUCCACAAACGCGCUUUUGACUCCUCCAGGCUUGCCUAUACCGCGUCAACAGCAGCAACCCCCACAUUUUUUGCAGCAGCAGCAGCAGCAUCUACAACAGCAGCAGCAACAACAGCAAUCGCAGCAGCAUCUACAACAGCAGCAGCAACAACAGCAAUCGCAGCAGCGUCUACAACAGCAACAGCAACAACAGCAAUCGCAGCAGCGUCUCCAACAGCAACAAGAACAACUGCAAUCGCAGCAGCGUCUACAACAGCAACAGCACCUUCAGCAUCUACAGCAGCAGCAACAACAACACCCCCAGCAUGUACAACAACAGCAGCAACAACAACAGUUGCAACAGCAGCACCUACAGCAGCAACAACAACAGUUGCAACAGCAGCAUCUACAGCAGCAACAACAACAGUUGCAACAGCAGCAUCUACAGCAGCAGCAACAGCCUAUGCAGCAGGAGCAGCAGCAAAAGCCUAUGCAGCAGCAGCAGCCUAUGCAGCAGGAGCAGCAGCAACAGCCUAUGCAGCAACAGCGUUUGUCUUUUGUCGGCGCGCAAAGGGCGGGGGAUGGAUUCUUGCAGCAGCAUCAGGGAGCAGUGCAGCAUCAGCAGCAGCAGCAGCAGCAGCAGCAGCUGUCUAUUGAUGCAGUUCUGCCCUCAGGGAGCAUCAGCAGCAGCAGCCGACGGAUAUGCCAUGUCUUAGCGCGCGCAAUGCAAUGUUUGCUGCCUCUGUUACUUUUGGAUCAUAAUCCCGUGACACAGCACGAAGGCUUGCAGCUGCUGCUGUCUCUCACGUCUUACGCUGUUGUUGGGGGGGGAAUUUUUCUCAAGCCGCUGCAGCAAGUCGAUGUAGACGCAUGCAAUGACGUUGUUGAGGCAUUGAGGGCGCUGUAUGUACACCUGAUGGCUUCCGCCCUCCUCACGCAUUCCGACGCAGCCACUCGUCUUGCAGCGACGCGUCUUUGGUCCUUAGGAGCUGCCCUUGCGUCUCGCAUUCGAGAGGAAAGCGGCAGACUGCUGCAGCAGCUGCAGCGAAAGCAGCAGUCACAACAAGUGGAGCAACUCCGCAGCAUGCAGCAACGCUGUCUUGCUCUCAUGCGCGUCUGCGCUGUGGGGCUUUCAUACUUGAGUUCGGACGGUUGUGCAUCUGUGCGCGUUGCUGCCUUGAACGGCAUGUUGCCGUUAGCGGCUGCAGGGGUCCUUGAGGAGGAUGAGAUGCUUUCUGCGUUGCAGAGGGAGUCUUUUCCGCCAGUUUCUUCGAAUCCGAUGCUGUCUCUGCAGCGGCAGUCUUCAGCCCUCCGUGCCGCUGCUGCGGCAGCUGCUCCGCAGCAGCAGCGGCAGCAGCAGCUUGCGUUGCCUGCCGCUGCUGCAGAGGUGGCAGCGCGUGGGGGGGGCGGACGGGCUGCCGUGGCUGCUCUGGAGGAGCUGCAGCAGCAGCAGCUGCUGGAGCUGCAGCAGCUAGGCGCUCUCCAGCUGCAGCGCAUUUUUACCCUGCCUUUGUGCAGUGGGUACUUGCUGUUGCGUCUCGACGAUCAGACGGAAGCGGUGCGAGCCGCGGCUGCCGAGCUGCUGCUCCUGCUGCUGCAUGCACUGCGGCAGCGGGGAGACUGCAGCAAGCUUUCGCUGCUGCUGCAGUCCUUCCUGUGGGAUCUCAUCGGCGAUCCGGCUCUGCAGGUGCAGCGGAUGGUGGCAGCCGCGGCUGUAGAACUGUCUCGCGUGUCUGCCUUGCGUGAUGGAUCUCUUCGACGCGCUGUGGCGCCUCUGUUGCACGAGCGCAGCAAAGCGACGCGGCAGCUGCUCCUGCAGAUGCUAGGCUGCUGCAGCGUCCACAAUGCAAGAGCCGCGAAGGCAGCCUUGCAGGGGUUGCUGCUGCUGCUGCCUGCCUCGAGCGGCAGCAGCAGCAGCUGCUGCUGCACGGACGGCAGGGGGGGGGGGCCGGCUGCCUGCGUGUUGACUUGCAUAGCCAGGAUUGCUCGUCUGUACCCCCCUGCCGCGCGCCAAGCGGCGUUUCGAGUCUUGGCGGAUCCGCACGGACGGUCGGCUGUGCGUCUGGAGCCUCUGGGCGCCCUCAACCUGCGCGAAACGCUGCUGCAUCUGUGCGUCGCUGCGCCUCCGAACGCCGCCUCGCUGCAGCAGCUGGCUAGCGCUGCAGCCGCGAAGGCAGCGAAGGCUUCCGCGGCAGUAGAGGCCUUUUUGGCCUUAGGAAAAGAGACCUUUUCCGCUUCAGCGACGCUCGGCGGCAGGCGCUCCUCCAGCAGCUUCGCGCUCGACCAGCAGCAGCACCGCCUCUUCUUCUUCCUGCAGCAGCAGCAGCACCAGUUGCUGCUGCAGCUGAGAGCUUUCGCCGCGCUGGAAGCCACGCGCGUGGGCUGGAGUGCUCGUGCUGCUGCCGUUCUGCCCUUGGAUGUGCUGCAGCGGCAGGAGGCGCUGCUGCUGCAUUUCCCUGAGCUCCGCGAGGCGCUGCAAGACAACCUCUGCCUCAUCGCGCUGACGCUAGCUGCGCAAAGAGGUCUCUUGGCUCGCUCCGAGCACCUGAGGCGAGGAGCGAGGGGGGAGGGGCAGAGGCGGAAGCCUCACUCGAGGACCCUUCUAUUCCCGCGGAUUUCCUCGUCUGCUCGCGUUGCUGCUCCAGGAGGCGUGGCGGAUCCCUCGUGCUUCCUCCCCGCUGCAGCCAGGUCUGGCGUCUGCAGCAACGCCAGCGACAGCAGCAGCAGCAGCAGCAACAGAGGCAGCGCCGCUCGUGCAGAUGGCGGGCAUGGCGCUCCCCUGAACGCCGUUGCCUUGGCUGACGGGCUGUGGAUGCACCUAAGCGACGUCUGCUGCGACUGCAGCGGUGGAAUUAGCGAAAACUGCUGCAGCAGCAACUGCAAAAUCUGCUCGGGAACUUGGCUCGACACUCCUGAAGCGUGGCAUCUUCUCCACCAAGAAAUUCCUUGUCGCUACACAAGCCUACUGCAAACUCUUCGAAGGGCUGCUGCCCUUUGUAGAGGUUCUGUACUGGCAACAAGCAACAUUGCCAGCAGCAGCAGUACAAGCAGCAGUAGCGUUGGCAGGGUUACAUCAAAGAGACUUCGCGAAGUGUGGAUUACAGACCCCUUGCUGUGCGCAUUGCACAUGUGUGGGGCGUCUGGCGUGGAGUAUACACACCAACACGCACAGGCUGGGGCAACUGCAGCAGGAGGGCGUUUAGAGGACACAGCCGCUGCACCCACUGCUUCUGGGGGAGUGUCAGGGGAAGACGUUGCUUCUGCACUUGCCACUGUGCGCAAAGGCAUGGCGCAUGUUCGCGACUCCGCGGCAGUGCUGCUUUGGAUGCCAAGUGAGGUAGAUCUUGCUGCGGUGUGGCGUCUGCAGCAGCUUCGCGCUGCUGCAGACCCCCUUGCUGCAGGUGCAGCAGCGCGUUUUACUGCUGCUGCUGCUGCGGCUGCUACCCUCCACGUGCGACGCAGCACAGCGUCUGCAGCGGAGGACGAAGAUGACACUGCAGCAGCUGCCGCGGAACGGGGUAGCAGCAGCAGCAGCAGCAGCACCACUGGUUUGCCUGCAGCAUCUCAAACGCAGCUCGACUGCCGACCACCCCGUCUGCGUCUGCUGCUGCGCCUUCUACAACCCCGUGUCGUCUUUCGUGCAGCAGCGCGCAUGCAUGCAUCCCUUGCGCUGCUGCAUUUGGAUGCAUGCCUCACGCCAGCACAGCAGCAGCAGCAGCAACAACAACAGCAGCUGCCAAGCGAAACAGCCACAGGCACUUCCAGGAGCCGCCUUACAAGCGCUGCUGCUGCGGGAGUACAUGCAACAGCAGCAGCAGCAGCAGCAGCAGCGGCAGCAACAGCAGCGGCAGCAGCAGCCUCUGCCGCAGAGGAGAUUGCUCCCCAUCAGACAGCAGUUUUAGGGGCACGCAUGCAGGCACUUUCUGCGAACGCGUUGCUGCAUGCGGAGCACUUGCCCGUGCAGCCGGGGGGACUGUUGCCACACUGGCAGCUGCUGCAGCUGUUGCCAUCGCAGCAGCAGGAGCUGCAUUUAGACAGCUUGGUCACUUCAGCAGCUCUUCCACCCUUUGCAGCGUUCUUGCAGCAAGAAGCGUCGAGUACCACAGCAGCGCAAGACGGCUGUGCAGCUUCGUGUGAGCUUCCCAUGCAGCAGCAGCUGCAGAGACGCGUUCAUGUCGAGGGCGUUAAGUGGCGUGCUCAGCUAGCUGCAACCAUGUUGGCUGCAGCUAGUCAAGACAGCAGCUCUGCGGCGCUGCUGCCUGCCACAGGGGCAGCAAAACAAGCGGCAGUUGGGAUUGCUGGCUGUACUUCUUCGGACGGCAGCAGCAGCCUCGUGGGAAUGUGUGUCUUCGAGAUGUAUCCAAACCCACUUGUUCUCUGCUGCAGCGGGGGUGUCACGAUCUUCUUGAAAGUGUCGAUCUGCAUGCAGCAACAGCAGACGAAGCCGCUGUUUGUGUGUGCCCGCCACACUUCUCCCCUGCGGGCACCUGCUGCUGCUGCUGCUGCUGCAGCGCCAGCACCACGCAGCAGAGCAGCAGCAGCAGCAGCAAUAGCUGCUGCAGCAGCAGCUGCUGCUUCCCACCCGUCUGGACUGUUGAAGGCUGUAACUGCCAGCAGCCAUUGCAGCCUUCUUUCCCAAGUUCGCCUUGGAGCCUGCACGGCUGUAGAGGCGGCACCAGGCACAGACUACUCAGCGGAUCGUGAUGCUCUGUCGCGCACCGCACGCAGCAGGUGCAGUAGGGAUGCUGCGAGCACACGCAGUGAAAGCAAGGACGGCAGCGACGCUGCUUCCUCAGAAUGCUUCCUCUACGCCAUUCCUAGCGACUGCUGGAAGAGGCGUCUCGAGCAUCCUCCCCUGCUGCCUUCCGCAGAAUGUCUCGCAGAGUGCAGCAGAGGCGGCUGCACGCCUACCGGCUGCAAAGUAGACCAUGCUGCAGCUCCAGGGAGGCUGUCUGCAUGGCGUCGAAAAAAGGGAUGGGAAGCGACUCUUACUGUUCCCGUGAGCUUCGCAGGCGCCACCUCUGCAAGCGUGCCAGUGGAUUUCGCGGUGUGCUGCUUGGAGAGCUGUCCGAUUCGGAAGGGAAGUGGUCAAGACUUUCGAGAAGGGAAGCCUGACAAACCUGGGAGGAACGCCUCUCCGGCUGCACUAGCAGCAGCUGCUGCUGCCGCCCGUCAGUUGUAG